CCUACGCCGCCGCCGUUGCUGCCGCUAGAUCAUCUCCGCCGUCGAUCCUCACCUGUUCUCCUUGAACACGGCCACCGCUUUCUCCUCCGCCGCCGGCCGCCGUUCACACAGACGUGCUUCGCAACUUUCCGAUUUUGGCCGGUUGAUUGAUUGAAUUUCAGAAAUGGAUGCAAAUAACUCAGAGAGAGAGAGUGUUGCUGGUAGCUCUAGUCCAGUUUCAAUUCCUAAACCGAAGGCUAAUUCCCGUCGUAGAUCAGAUGUGUGGGAUGAUGUCGAAUUGUUCGACUCUGUUGAUGAUGAGGGAGUCGUUGUUAAGAAAGGAAAAUGCAACACUUGCGGCAAGAUAUAUAAGGCAGGUGCAAGAGAUGGCACAUCAACUCUGUGGCGUCACGUUAAAAGCUGUAAGAAACUCCUAUCUUCUAAUUUGAACUCGGAUGCAAGUCAUUCACAUGGGCCUAACACAUGUGAUAGUUGUGGUCACAAUAAGAUAACUCAGGAAGGCUUUCGUGACAAGCUAGCAUCAGCAACAAUUAUGCAUGAUUAUGUUUUUAGAUGUGUUGAGCAUAUUGGAAAUAGAGAGGUGCAUCAUUACCUAAACAGUAAUGCUAAACCAAUUUCAAGGAACACACAUAAAUCUGAUAUCAUGAAGAUGCAACAAGUACCCAACAAGUAACUUGUUUUUCGAGAAUGUUUGGAAGAUCCAUCUUGAGCUGAAGAAUCUUUGUAUAAGUUUUGAUGAUGAUAUGAGAGGUAUGGGAAACACAAUGAUGUCCAAGUUCUUGAAAUAUUGGAAAGACUACAACUUAGUGCUUGCUUUUGGUGUCAUUUUGGAUCCUCGUUACAAGCUUGCAUUUGUCAAAUUUUGCUAUGAAAAGUUGGGCGAAGAGUACACUUCAAAGCCGAAGGCUAUUAUGGAUGAUUUGGAGAUGCUCUUUAAGGAGUACAAAACUCAAUCGUCCACUUUACCUAGUCAAAAUGUGGUGCAUAUGGCUUCUCCGAGCAUUCCUUUGGAUAGCCACACUGCUGGUUUCUAUGCUUCCAAUAUCAAUCAGAACACAUCAACUAGAUCCGAGUUGGAGUUAUAUUUGGCGGAUCCUUUAAUUCCUGCUUAUGCAGACAUUGAUGGGGUUCCUACAUUGCUUCCUUUUGAAGUAUUGCAAUAUUGGAAGGAUCAUCAAUUUCGAUAUCCUCAACUCUCUCGGAUGGCAAAAGAUGUGCUUUCUAUUCCAAUUUCAUCAGUUGCUUCCGAGUCGUCUUUUAGUUUGGGAGGUAGAAUAUUAUCCAAAUGGAGGACUUCCAUUUUGUCUGAUACCCUUGAAGCUGUUGUGACAACUCGUAAUUGGAUGCAUGGAUAUAAAAUGGAUGAGGAUAAUGAAGAUGCAGAAUAUGAUGGAGAAGAAGUUAAGCUUGUUGAUUGAUCGCCAAGUGAAUUGCCAUUUUAAUUUGUGAACCUAUUUUGUUGGUAUGUAAGAUGUGACAAUGUUAGUUAUGUAUUUGUAUCCUACUAUUUUUUAUAUGGUAGAAUUUAGUAAGCAAACUAUUAUGUAUCUUCUUAUUAUUGGGGCUAGGGUAUGAGUUAUGACUUAUGUACUAUUAUGAAUCUUCGUAUGCUAGGUUAAUAUUUUGACAAUGUUAUGUGACCAGUUAUUUAAUGUGUGGAAGAAAAAAUGUUGUAAUUAUUAGG